AUGGGAAAACGUUCAAAUCCGGGAUCACGUCUUCAAAUGUCUGAUACCAACGGACUAUCUGACCAUAUGCUAAAGAUAUAUUUUCCCAAACCUUUCUGCAUUUUCUUCCACGCAAAACUAAAGGUUGAAAUACAUCCUCCAAAGAAGCCAAAGAUUGCCAUUUCCGAUAUCUUACUCGAUGGAUCACUGCUCUCACCCACGCUAUCCGAGGAAUCAUUUGAAAAAGAGUUGAAACGCGCGCGAAAAGAGUUUCAGCAAUUUACCAACGACUUGGAUAAAAUCUCUAAAAGAGUGGAGAAGCUUGCAGAAACUGCCCCAGAAUGGUUUGCAGAUAUUGAAGAAAUAAAAAUAAAGCAAGAUAACGUUGAAGAGUGCAUAACGGCUACACAAGAGAAAAUAAUUGAGAAUGAGCAGCGUCUAGAACAGCUCAAUACAGUACAAGAAGAAUUCAACGAAGACAUAAACAAGGAUUUGAAGAGAAUUCAAGAACAACUUGUAGAAUUAUUGGAAAGACAUCGUGAAGCUCGCUCAACCGCAUCAAUGAUUGCCCAAAAUCAGUCAAUGACUACAGAGGAGCUCGAUCUCAUGCUAGAAGCUAUACGUGAUUAUGCCCGAUUAAUAGAGGAUGCAAGUAGCACUAUCAAGCAUUUUGACGACGUGGGCUCGCCCAUACACUAUGAAUCACUGGACCUCUCUCCCUUUCGGACUUAUCAGGGCAAUUAUUUUGACGACCAU